AGUCUCGCAGCAGCUGUUGGUGUGUAAAAAGCUACAAAAAACCGAUAGUUAUGAUUCUGGUCAUUUGCUUGAUUAUCCCAUGGCUAACUACUGUAAUAAGUGGUAGAGAUACGACUGUGAACAUAAAAAAUGGACCGAUUAUUGGUGAAAAGCGUGGAGAAUACUUCGCGUUCGAAGGUAUUCCAUUUGCGAAACCUCCGUUCGGUAAAUUCCGUUUCGCACCAUCGGAAUUAAAUGAUGAACGUUGGAUUGCGCCCCGGAAUACGACAAAGCGAGGCCCUGUGUGCAUGCAGUGGAAUCAUCUAAAUCCAAACAAUGAUAAACUGGAGGGUGCUGAAGAUUGUCUCUUCCUGAAUGUGUACACAAGAUCAAUCGACCCAACAGCACAGUUACCUACGGUUGCGUUUAUACAUGGUGGUGCAUUCAUGUUCGGUACGGGGAACUUCUAUGAACCGGACCAUAUUAUGCGCCGAAAGUUAAUCUUGGUUACUUUCAACUAUCGACUUGGACCACUCGGAUUUCUCAGCACGGAGGAUGAUGUGAUUCCCGGGAACUAUGGAUUAAAAGAUCAGGUGACCGCUUUACGAUGGAUUCGAGAAAAUAUUCAAUCAUUCGGUGGAGAUCCCAACACCGUCAGCAUAGUGGGCUAUUCAGCUGGUUCCGCUAGCGUGCAUCUCCAUUAUCUAUCUCCUCUUUCGAACGGCUUAUUUAACUCUGGCAUUGGACAUAGCGGUUCCGCACUUAGUCCAUGGGUAAUUACUGAGCGAUCGAUAGAAAAAGCCAUUCGGAUCGGAGCUGUGCUAGGUUGUCCAACAAGAAAAACACAAGCGCUUCUAGACUGUUUGCGGAAAGUUCCGGCAGAGGACAUCGUGCGACAAGUGCCCCAUUUUCUCGACUUCUUGUACAAUCCCUUCUCCCCAUUCGGAGUAGUCGUGGAAAAAGAAGGACCACUUAAUACUCAUCCUUUUCUAACGGACACGCCACGUUCGCUGAUGAAGAUUGGUAAUAUCACCAAGGUGCCACUGAUUCUUUCAGUUACACAAGCGGAAGGUCUAUACCCGGGGGCAGAGUUUAUAAGUGAUCAAACAUAUCUGCAACAGAUUGAUUCUCGAUGGAACGAGCUUAUGCCAAGCAUUCUGGACUACAAAACCGCCAUGCCCGACCCCAAAAAGCGUGAUAGACUGUCAGAAACAAUGCGAAACCACUACUUUAAAGCAGACGAACGAUUAUCUUUGGAAAAUUUUAAUGUACUUAUUGAGAUAAUUUCCAACCGACUCUACUUCAUAGGAGUUACCGAGUCAGCCAAGCUGAUGCAUCCCUUCACUAAUGUAUAUGUUUAUUACGAUCUCUACAAAAGCAAGUACGGUGUUGGCGAAGCACUAUCCCAUCACCACGAACCGGGAUUUCUAGGAGUUGCGCAUGGCGAUGAUGUGCUGCUUAUAUUCCCUAGUGUUCUGCGAGAAGAGAUACCGUACACGGAGGAAGAAAUGCAAGUGGUAGAUCGAUUUGUCGCUAUGUACGAAUCGUUUUUCAAAGGAGACACGCCCCGAUUUGGUUCUUAUGAAUUGCCAUUACAAGAUUCUGACGACAUGUUAGUGUUUUUAAAACUUAACUACCCAAACAGUGAAAUUGUACGUGCCGAGGGAAUGAGCGAUGAAACGUUUUGGAAAAAUCUUGAUUUUAAUGAUGGACCCUAUUCAUCAUCUCCUGAGCACAUGCAUACAGAGCUGUAGGUUUUGGAAAAGUGUUUUUUAAUAGAAUUAUAUAAAUAAACGAACGAUAAAUCGGCCUGGUAAAACUUAAAAAACAACUCGUAAAUCAUGAAUAGCAACUAGAUUCUAUAAAAUUUCAGGUACAAUAAAUAAUUCGUUGCAAAUCAA